UUCUCCUCCCUCGUCUUCUGUUCUCUUCGGCUGUUCCUUCUUCCCCUACCAACCCUGGAGGAACGGCUCGUUCGUUCGUUCGUUCGUUCCUUCCUCCCCUUCCUCUUGCGCGCUCCCUCGCUCCUUACCGUCUUCUUCGUCUUCCUCUUCUUCUUCUUCCCGUCUCGCGGGCCCGGAGUUCAACCGGAGGAAGCCAGACUGGAGACCACGAUCGCCCUCUUCUCUCGCAGGAGCGAGAAAAGAAGAUAGGGAGCGAGAGGGGAGGGGGGACGAUCCCCCGUUGACGUCGGGGAAAACGAGCGGGCCGAAGCGAGUGAGCGCGCGCGACGUCGCCCGUCGCGGAAGGCCGAGAGAAGGCACUCUCUUCUCGGCCCGGUCCUUUCGGCGGAGGAAUUCUAGCUGGCGUGGCUCGGCGCGACCGCCGCCUCCACCUUCCUUCCUUCCCUCCACCCGGAGGUCCAUUCAGAGACCUCCCUGGAUGGGACGGUCCGCACACACCAUCGGUCUUCUCGGUGCCCGGUUCUGCGUGAUAUUUUGUGACUGCCUGUCUGUGCGGUGCUCGGUGCCUUUAGCCUGUGCUUCUCGGCUCCCUAGACCCAUCGAGGAAUAGGGAGGUCGACAUGACCCGGUUGGGAUUGCGAUUCGUCGCAUCCGCAGUCUGCCUGGCCGGGAUUGUUAGUGGGCAAUUAAAUGACACAUCAUGGCUGAAUCCACCGCCGGUCUUGCCGUUGGAACGAGGUGAUAUCGGAGGGCCGACAAACGAUGACGACAACAGUUCGCCGGAUUGGAAGUUAGAGAGAGGGUUUAUCACGGACAACGAAGGAUAUGAUAAUUCGGAAAGGCGGAACGGCAGUUAUACGGCUGGUAAUUACAGUCCUGAUGAAAGGACGCGGCAAUGGUGGCCCUACAGGACCAAUCCUACAGGUCGAUCUUAUUCAAACAGACCUGAGUUUCGAAGCGAAGAUGACGAAAAUCGACCAGUCGGUUAUUCCGAUGGCCAUGGCGAUUAUGAUACGUAUAGCGGUGCCGGUGAAAGCGAGCAAAGAGGAAGUCCUCAUAGUCAAAGAGGUUCUGACGAUUCCUACGGCAGUUACGGAAGAAGUCAUGGGACGGAUUCCCAUGGUCGUGGAAGCGCUUAUGGUCGUAAUCGUGGAGGCGGUGAUGCUUACGGUCGCGGUCGAGAAAGUGGAUAUGACGGUCGUGGAAGUGAUGAUGCUUAUGGGGGUCGUAGGCGCGGUCAUGAGGGUUACGGUGCUAGUGGAGACGACGAAAAUUAUCCGAGUAAUUAUCUGGUGGUACCGAUGCCAGGAGCACCACGAAAUUGCACGGGAUCAGGUUGCUGCGUGCCCAAGUGUUUCGCCGAGAAGGGAUCGCGGGGACCACCAGGAAUAAUCGGGCCGCAAGGUCCUAAGGGACAACGAGGAUUUCCAGGAGCAGAAGGUCUUCUAGGACCUAAAGGUGAGAAGGGAGAUCCCGGUCCGCAAGGUCCGCAUGGUGUGAAAGGUGACAGAGGAAAAAUGGGUAUGCCUGGUUUUCCUGGCAUAAACGGUGUGCCUGGAAUGCAAGGAUCCCCAGGUUCUCCAGGCCUGCCCGGUCGUGACGGUUGCAACGGAACGGAUGGAGAGCGUGGGCGUGAUGGCCUACCUGGAGAACCAGGACCUCGCGGUAUUAAAGGUCCGCAAGGACCUAAAGGAGAUAAGGGUCAACCAGCGUAUGCUGGUGCUUUCCCAGUUGGUCAAAAGGGUGAACCUGGUAUGGACGGUGUAAGAGGACCACCUGGUCCCCCCGGUCUUCAGGGAGAGCGAGGUCUGACUGGCGUAAAGGGUGAACGAGGUCCCUAUGGUACUCCUGGUUUGCCGGGUCCAAAAGGAGAAAAAGGAAAUAUGGGUCUUGGAUUUGAAGGAUUAAAGGGAGACAAAGGUCAAAAGGGUGAAAUAGGAUCUCCGGGUUCGACCGCACCUAUCAUGCCAUUCCAGGGAGUCUCGGAAGUGACGGGUCCACCUGGAGAUAUGGGUUACAGAGGAGAUAAGGGUGAAAUGGGACCAGAAGGACAAAAAGGAGAACCAGGACUUAUAGGUGAUCAUGGCAUACCGGGAGGAAUAGGUAUGAAAGGAGAAAAGGGUCUUCCAGGAGCUCCAGGCAUUCGUGGUAGAGAUGGUUUCUCUGGACCUCCUGGACCCCCUGGACGAAAAGGUGAUCGAGGUAUUGAUGGAUUAGAAGGACUUUCUGGACGACCUGGCAAAAAAGGAGAACCCGGUCGAGAUGGACCGAUGGGUGUCCCAGGUUUACGAGGACCUCCUGGUCCGCCAGGAGGUGGUAAAGGAAGACCUGGACCACCAGGUCCGAAAGGACCACGUGGUUUUCCAGGACCUACCGGACCGCGAGGAGCAGACGGUUUUCCAGGAGACCCGGGACCAAGAGGACCCAUAGGUUUACAAGGAGGUCCUGGAUUGUCUGGAAUUCCAGGUCCAGAAGGUUUGCCAGGAGAAAAAGGUGCAAAAGGUGAACCUGGCUUGACCGGGUUUCCUGGAGGUCCAGGACCACGUGGAUUUGAUGGACCACCGGGAGCGGUAGGACCACGAGGGCUGCCAGGAGACAAAGGAUUCUCAAUAAUGGGACCAAAAGGAAUGGAUGGAACGCCUGGUUUAGAUGGAGAAAAGGGCCAGAAAGGUGAACGGGGUUAUCCGGGUGUUCGAGGUCGAUCAGGAGAUUCUCUAGACGGUAUUCCAGGAGCACCGGGUGCACCUGGCGAGCCCGGAGAAGCCGGAGCACCAGGAAGAGAUGGUAUACCAGGUCUUCCUGGAGGGUCUGGAGAGAAAGGAGAUAUUGGCGGUCGUUGUAUAGAUUGUUUACCGGGAUUGCGAGGUGCAAAAGGAGAUCGUGGUUUGGAUGGUAUUCCCGGACUUACCGGACCUCGAGGACCGCCUGGAGAACGCGGUUUCCCUGGAGAAUCUGGGUUGGAUGGUCUACCAGGCGCAAUCGGCAUUCCAGGACCACCGGGAAAAGAUGGUAUACCCGGUGCUCCAGGACUUCAAGGAGAACCUGGAACCCCAGCAUUCGUGACGUCAAGCAUGCUCAAGCUAGAAAAAGGUAAUAAAGGAGAGCGAGGAGAGAUCGGUCGACAAGGCCCACCAGGACCAGAAGGGCCUCCGGGAGAAAAGGGUAGACCCGGAUUUGAAGGUUUCCCAGGACUUAAAGGAACGCCAGGAGAUCGUGGUUUUCCUGGACAAGAUGGCGUACCAGGAAGACCAGGUACGCCUGGACACAAAGGAGAGAAAGGAUUAAGUGUAAAAGGUGAACCUGGAGAACCAGGUCGACCAGGAUUUUCAGGAUCAAAAGGAGAACCUGGUCUGGUCGGGAUUAAGGGUGAAGCUGGUCAAUGCCCGCCACUUGACCUUUUAAAAGGCUUCAAAGGUGAUCGAGGUUUAACUGGUGACAAAGGAGAACCUGGACCACCUGGUUAUGAUGGAUUACCUGGUGAUAAAGGAUUGCAAGGUUUCUCGGGUUCACCUGGUGCACCUGGUCCAAUCGGUGCUCCUGGACCUGUAGGUCCAAGAGGUUUACCUGGCCCGCGUGGUGAUAAGGGUAACAUGGGUCCUAUGGGUUUCCCAGGAGAACCUGGUCGAGAAGGACCUAGAGGUUUUCCGGGUGCUCCGGCUCCAAAAGGUGACAAAGGAGAACCUGGAAUAUCAGUUAAAGGUAGUCCUGGUCUAACGGGUCCUCCAGGUGAAAAAGGAGAGAAAGGUCUUCCUGGACCACCCGGAAAAGAAGGUCUACCCGGUUACCAGGGAUUACCAGGCUUUGUUGGAGAGAAGGGAGACCUUGGCGCACCAGGAAUAAAUGGUUUACCAGGAGCACCUGGUGAAAAAGGAGACACAGGUCCGAUUGGUCCACCUGGUCCUCCAGGUGUUGCUGGUAUUCCAGGAGCAGAUGGAAUCAAAGGUGAACCAGGAUUACCAGGAGAGCCAGGUAGAUCCGGUCUGCCUGGAUUCCCCGGAGCAAAAGGUGAUCGCGGUGAAGCAGGUAUAGAUGGUCCAAAAGGAUACCCUGGCAGACGAGGAUUACCUGGUAUUCCAGGAAGACCUGGAGCUGAUGGUGUAUCAGGUUUGAAGGGUGAACGCGGUGACAAAGGCUCACCAGGAUUCCCUGGAUUACCGGGUAUGGAAGGAAAACCUGGUCGUCCUGGUAUAUCUGGACUAAAAGGAGAUCAAGGACCACCUGGUACGCCUGGUUUACCAGGGCUCAUUGGUUAUGAGGGACCUAAGGGUGAUAUUGGCCUACCAGGUCCACCGGGAAGAAAAGGAGAACCAGGAGAAGUUUCGGAAAAAGGACAGAAAGGUGAGCCAGGAAUGCCUGGAAUACGAGGUCCUCCAGGUCCUUCAGGACGAGAUGGUAUCGAUGGAUCGAAGGGCGAACCUGGCAGACCAGGUAUUGGCCGUGACGGAUUACCUGGAUUAAAGGGUGAAUCGGGUAUACCAGGUCGGGAUGGAGCACCGGGAUUCCAAGGUCAAAAAGGUGAUACUGGCGUACGAGGAUUCCCAGGAAUGAAAGGCGACUUCGGUCCACCGGGUAUAUCCGGCGAACCUGGUCCGCCUGGCAUAGAUGGACUUCCUGGAGAAGUUGGCGAUAUCGGACCACCGGGAGCACCUGGUUUCCCUGGACUCGAUGGUGAGAUGGGUUCUCCUGGUCGGCCUGGACUCGAUGGUGUUAAAGGAGAUCGCGGUUUAUCAGGAUUGGUCGGAUUGCCUGGUAUUCCUGGAGCAGCUGGAGAAAAAGGAGAUCGAGGACCUCCUGGACCUACAAUCCAGGUCAAGGGUGAAAAAGGUGAACCAGGUAUUUCUGGACUUCCUGGAGAAAGAGGAGAGAAAGGAGAUCAAGGUCUGAUAGGUAUAGUUGGUUAUGAUGGCGAAAAAGGUGAUCGAGGUUUACCUGGAGUUGAAGGAGCGCCUGGACCUCAUGGUGCUCCUGGAUCUAAAGGCGAACAAGGACCUCCUGGUAUUCCCGGAGUUCCCGGAGUUACAAUAAAGGGCGAGAAAGGUUUGCCAGGUCUAUUGGGUAAGCACGGUAGAGACGGAUUUCCGGGACGACCUGGUGAGAAGGGCGAACCAGGAUUGCCUGGUUUGCCUGGACCAAAAGGAGACAUUGGUCCUUAUGGACCAGUUGGACCACAAGGUGAAAAAGGUGAUCAAGGACUACAAGGUCUGACUGGAUCACCAGGACGUGAUGGAGCUCCAGGUCUCGAAGGUGUACCAGGAUUACCUGGUGAGAGAGGUCAGAAAGGAGAUCAAGGAUCACCUGGAUUAUUUGGUGCCCCAGGACAGAAGGGAGAGCCCGGUCAUCCAGGACCAAGUGGAUUAGAUGGACCUCAAGGAGAAAAAGGUGACAGAGGUUGGGAUGGUGUAAAUGGUCUACCUGGACCAGUUGGUGAAAAGGGUGACAGAGGAUACCCUGGUCCCGUCGGAAUAAUGGGUACUGUCGGUUACGAAGGUCAGAAAGGAGAAAAGGGUGAAGACUGUAUCGAGCCCCCAAUGGGACCUAAAGGAGAUCGCGGAUACCCCGGACCGACCGGGCCGCCUGGUGCACAAGGAGAGAAAGGACUUCCGGGUCCGCCUGGUUUCCCCGGCUUGGAUGGUAUUAAGGGCGCCCAAGGUUUCAUCGGUCCACCGGGACCUCCUGGACUGCCGGGAUUGCCUGGACCUGUCGGAACGGCAGGUCUACCGGGUCUUCAAGGUCCUAUCGGUGUGCCAGGACCUGUCGGCGAGCCCGGUGCACCGUGCGAAGCGACACCUGACUAUCUCACCGGUAUUCUUCUGGUCAAGCACAGCCAAAGUCAAAGCGUACCGGUUUGCGAGCCGGGUCAUAUUAGACUCUGGGAGGGAUACAGUUUACUUUACACCGAUGGUGAUGAGAGAGCACACUCUCAAGAUUUAGGUUACGCCGGCUCGUGUAUAAGAAAAUUCUCAACGAUACCCUUCCUGUUCUGCGACGUCAACAACGUCUGCCAUUACGCUAGUCGCAAUGAUCGUUCUUAUUGGCUGUCUACCAACAGCCCUAUUCCCAUGAUGCCCGUCGAGGAGACGGCGAUAGAAGAAUAUAUAUCCAGGUGUGUGGUGUGCGAAGUUCCGGCUAAUGUGAUAGCGGUACACAGUCAAUCGAUAAGCAUUCCAGAAUGUCCGGCGGGAUGGACCGGUCUUUGGAUCGGUUAUAGUUUUGUAAUGCACACCGGCGCAGGUGCCCAGGGCGGCGGCCAGUCCCUGUCGAGUCCUGGCUCCUGCCUGGAGGACUUCCGCGCCACACCGUUCAUCGAGUGUAACGGCGCCAAAGGACACUGCCACUACUAUUCUAAUCAGUACAGCUUCUGGAUGGUGACCAUAGAGGACAGCCAGCAGUUCAGGAGCCCCGAGAAACAAACGUUAAAGGCGGGCAAUCUUAGAUCCCGAAUAAGUCGCUGCCAAGUGUGUAUAAAGAAUACGUAAACGUGCGCGCCACCGUUUACACACGGAACACAAACACACACAUACAGACAGACAGACACACACACACAUACAGACGUACACGCGAUACACUUCCUCCCCCCUCUCCCUUUUUUUUACACGAGAACAGAAGCGAAACCGUCAUUACGAGUAUAAAUGAGCAACGAUUGAAACCAAUACAAUUUCAUCGAGUUCAGAGUCUCGACGUUGGAGAUUCCACACGCGGAAACGAUCUCUAUGUUUAUUCGAGGCAAUGAAAAUGCGUUCGAUUCGCGCGCGGGAUACAUUUUGUCGCGUCUCUCUCCUCUCUCUCUCUCUUUUUCUCUCUUUCUGCAGCACGGAAAAUUGAACUCGCCGGAAUUGCGCCGGUUCCGUUCUCUGAUAACAAGUAAGAAAAGAGCGGUAACGUCUCGCGAACGGAACAACGGAGCGGAAGUUCAGAACGGCAUCGCGUCCGAUCCGCGUCGACGACGUCGAGAAAUAAAGAGAACGGACAUGUCCCUCUCUCCUGUGAUUCCCUCAAACGUGUUCCGUAGCCGCAUCUUGUCUUCAUUAUUUCCUGCCUUCUUCGUCCUCUCCCCCCGCCCCCAAUGCUGCCAGGGAAGCCACGUCCUGAAUAGUUUCUUUUUCGAAGAGCCGCCCUUUUCUUAUUCGUUAUCCGCUCUUUUAUCCUCGCGCUUCCUCUCUUUCGCCAUAUGUGUUUUCUUCUUUUUUUUUUUAUAUGUAUAACUAUUCAAGCAAGUGCCUUUAUAGCGUACUCUAUUUUCUAGCAUGUAAAAUAAUAUAUAUUUAUAUCUCUCGUAUGAAUCUCGUAUUGAAGUCUAAGUUUAUCGUACCACCACGGACACUGCCCAUAUCCAAUAUGGCACUACUUUACAUAUUGUAUAUUAAUAUAAAUGAUCUUAGCCUGGUAAUCGUGUGACGCCAAAUAUUUAAAUAAAUAGGUAUUUUGCUACGUAGCUAAUAAAAUUCUAUUUUCAAACUUCA